UAUAAAAAAUUUGCGACAAAUUACCAGAACGAUCCAAUAGAAAAGCCACCCUUUAAUUAUUCGCACAUAAUUGGAAUGGCUAUGUUAGAGAAUGGGCGUGUAACAUUACAGCAAAUAUGCACAUGGAUUGAAUCGAAAUUUGCUUUUUUUCGCGUUCGAAAAAAGUGGAACAACUCCAUACGACACAAUUUAUCGUUACAUUACUGUUUUCGGAAAAUAGAUCGCAAUAAAUAUGAAAAGGGAAAAGGUGGUUAUUGGGAGCUUGGCGUUGACCCAAAAAAAUGCGAUCGAAAACGAAUUCGAAAUCGUAAAUCUUUACAAAGUAAAACGAUUGGUAUGAGGGCAAAUAAAAAUUUCAAUUCAAGCAUAAGAUCAAGAACUGGAAUACGAAAUACGGAAAAGUCAAAAUAUUGCUGUUACUUAGUUGAGAGUGAGAAGAAUGUUCUUGAACCUAUGGUUGAUGCUCAAAGCUUGCCAGCAAAUAAAGAAACCAAUGAACUGUUAGUCAAUGAGUUGAAUGUUCAACAUAGCAAUGUGAGCAGUUGCAACGACCUACAUCAUCAGAACUUAAAUGACGUUUUUAUUACUGGCGUACUUAGCAAUUCUACAGUUGAAGAUACCACCAGUUCUUCAGAGAUGUGUACGACUAACAGCAUCAACAGCAUGCAACAAAACAUGCAAGAUCAGCUGGAUGAUGAUUUGCAACAAGGAGAGGAAAGUUUUCAACAACUACAAAAAUAUCAGCUUGGCACCAUUAUUAUCAGCACUUCUGCAACGGAUGUCGAACAAGCCAGUUCGACAAUAAAUAAUAUGUUUGGUGAAAAUACUAAUGAACAACAUCAAAACUUGGUACUUUCCAACAACACAAUGUUGCCAAGAUGUGGAAAUAUAAUAAUCUCCUCAUAUCUUGCCAAUAACAAUAUUGACAGUAACAGACAUAAUUUUAACGAACCACUUGCAAAUCAAAGAAUGCUAAGGUCAAAUGUGAUUGUGGAACAAGCUAAUCAUCCUUCUUUUGGCACGCUUUCUUCAUUGGCUUCAUCCAAAACAUCUACCAAUGAAGCCAUUCCUCACAUGGAGUACUCUACUGUUAUAAGCGACAGUUUCCGUCCUUAUAUUGAUGGCAUUGAAGAGGCUUUCCAAUACUUGCGUAGUAUUGACAACAGUAAUAGGGAGGAUAUACUUGACAAUCUGUUAGAUAUAUCCGUUAGUGACUAUUAAAUGACUGUAUUAUUAUAGUUAAAUAAGAAAAUCUUGUCUUUUCGUCUGUCAUACUGAAUAUCAACA